UUCUUACAAUGCGGGUCGACAGGUGGCAAAAGCAGAGAACAAAGGGACCUUUAUAAUGCCAGAGCCGACUGCAGAAGACUGCGCUUCGCUCCCCCUCUCUCUCUCCUUCUUCUCGUCUCUUCCUACAACCAACCUGCAGCUAUGCUCCGGUUCCACCACACCGACCCCACUUAUCCUGCGUUUUCCAUCUUCGCCUGUCUCGGCUUUGUCCUUCCGUUGAUUCCCUUGUCCUGGCACAUGCAGGCGUGGAACUCUGGUACAUGCUGGUACAUAUUCUGGUCGUCUCUGUCCUGCCUCAAUCUUUUCGUCAACUCCUUGGUAUGGGCUGGAAACACCCUCAACGUCGCACCUGCCUGGUGUGAGAUUUCUAUCCGAAUCAUCAUGGGCGCCUCAGUAGGAUUGCCAGCUGCAUCGCUGUGCAUCAAUCGUCGUUUGUACAAUAUCGCUAUCGUGCGGUCUGUCGUUGUCACCAAGGCUGAGAAACGCAGAACGGUCCUCAUCGACUCCAUGAUUUGUGGCGUGUUCCCUGCCGUCUUCGUUGGCGCCCAGUAUAUUGUCCAAGGCCAUCGCUUCAACAUCUUCGAAGACAUCGGCUGUUACCCCGCCAUCUUCAAUACUCUGCCGGCUUACUUCAUCUCUGCCAUGUGGCCGGUCAUCAUUGGGCUCGUCUCGGCCGUGUAUUGUGUGCUUUCUCUUCGAGCCUUUUCUCAACGGCGUGCCGCCUUUAAUCAGUUCCUGUCCGCACAUAAUGCCCUCACUCCUUCUCGUUACCUUCGUCUCAGUGCACUUGCCUCUAUGGACCUCAUGCUUACGGUCCCCCUGGCAUCUCUGGCCAUUUACAUCAAUGCUACCGCCUCGCCUGUUUCACCAUGGGUCUCGUGGGCGAGUGCUCAUUUUGACUUCGGUCGUGUCGAGGAGAUUCCGCGCAUCAUCUGGGCUGCGGACCGGGGCACCAGGAUGGGCAUCGAGCUCACACGCUGGCUAAGCCCCAUGUGCUCUAUGGUCUUUUUCGCUUUCUUCGGAUUUGCAGCGGAGGCUCGUAAGCACUAUGCGGAUGCUUAUCAUGCUGUCGCCGACAAAUUCUGGGCCGCUGGCGGGCUUUUGGGCCUCCAGCGACCCAGUAGUGGCUUCUUUGCCAAGCACUCUACUCCCUCGCCGUCCCAUUGUCGUUUUGGCGAGCCGAAGAUCAAGGCUAAGCCCACGCCGCUCGCUCUUUCCCUGCCCAUCCAGUUCGGGGUCGGCAUCGCCUCGAUGACCGAUUCGGUCUCCCUGUCCACAACGUCCCGAUCCAGUGUCGCCGACCUGAAGCGUGCCAAUUCCUUGGCAUCCUCGUUUCCAGGCCAGAGAGAAGACACGACAUUCGAUCAUUUUCCCGAUGUCGGCAGCCCUAGCACUGCUACGACAUUCGUCGUCACCACGGGACAAGCAUCGUCUCUCCCCGUCGAGAGGCCUAGUCAGCCUCAUUCACCAGUCUUUUCUGUGCACUCGUGCAGUACCUUGCAUUCUGGCCGGACCGAAGUAUCUGGUUACAAUGCUAGUUAUCUUACUUACCCGCAGUGCGGAAGGACCCAUGUUUGACCGUUUACACAUCUUUCCUGUUCUGCCUCAUGAUCUUUCAUCGCACAUUUAUGAUGACGUCAUCUCAUAUUGUCCCAACUUACGAUCACGUAUUUCGUUCCCUGUAUCGAGUAGCCACUUCAAAUCUUGUACGGCUAGGCGACCUAAGCAGAAACUUGAGGAGCUUUGCCGGGAAAGCUAGGUCACGGUGCUCCUCAAACACUUGGAUAGCG